AGCUGGACCUUGAGAAUUCUUCUUCCGUUGACAGCAGACCAUGACAGACAUCUCGGAUGAUCAGGUCGAUGAGCUGCUGCGCAAGGCGGAGCAGCGUCUGAGAAACGAUGCUGCAUCCGCCGUCACGGUCCCGACUGCCGCGGUCGCUGGGGUGAAGCUCGACACUUCGACAGCCGUCCAGCCGCAGCCCAGUAACAGCGACAGCAGCAGCAAGACGGACCUGUCUGUUCGAGCGCCCUCUCAACCACGAACGGGACUUGCUGGCCAAGCAAAGGCCACCGCAGGAUCCCAGUGGUUCGACCUCCCCAAGACGGAACUCACGCCUGAGUUCAAGCGAGACUGGCAGCUCCUACGCAUGCGAGGCAUCUUGGAUCCCAAGCACCAGAAGAAGGCCCUCCGAGCGAGUGCACCCGAGUAUUCUCAUGUUGGCGAGAUCAUCGCCGGCCCGACUGAGUUUUAUAGCGCCCGAUUGACUCGAAAGGAAAGGAAGGGUACCCUGCUGGAAGAGGUGAUGAGUUCCCACGACGGAACCAAGUUCUCGACCAAGUACGCGGGUAUUCAGAAGCAGAAGACCAGCGGAAAGAAGGGUUUCUAUCAGAAGGUAGUGGCCCAGCGCCGCAAAAGACACUGAAUUGUACAAACCCAUAAAGACGUAGCCUAAUCCUGGUUGAAUUCAAAGUGAAGUGAAUGUGUAGCAUUCUAAACACAUUUCCUUGGUCGUACGGAGUAUUGGAGGUGACAAAGAUGUUCUCCGUGAUGACUUCGAACUAAUGAGGGUGGAACCAGAUUGGGCAGUUCCUCCAACCCCAGCUCUAUGGCAAAACCAAAAUUCAUUUCAAUUAGAGACGAGGCUAUGGUCAUCUUCGUUCUGUCGUCUAAUGUUUAAUUGAGGUGAGGCACGUAGCGAAUAUUACGACAUUCCGAUUGUGAUAGUGGUCGCCAG